UGACGCUGCAACUUCCAACACUACACUAGUCUCUGCCACCUGAGACAUCCUCCACAGCAGUCUCCAUCAGCGUUACCAUCAUGGCCAUCACUGACUUCCUCGCCACCUCGGACAUCACUUCAGCUAUCAAUGCUUGUAAAGCGAAGGAUUCCUUUAACCCCAAGAUGUUUUUCAAAACUGUGGGUUUAUCCAAGAAAACUCCAGCAGAGAUCGAGAGGGUCUUUAAGAUUCUGGACCAGGACAAGAGCGGCUUCAUAGAACAGGACGAGUUACAAUUGUUCCUGCAGAACUUCUCUAAAGGAGCGCGGCCUCUGACUGCAGCAGAGACCAGGGGCUUCCUGCUCGAGGGAGACUCGGACGGAGAUGGGAAGAUCGGCUGGGAAGAAUUUUCUGCGCUGGUUAAGUCGUCAUGAAGCCUAAUGUGAUGGCGAUAAUCUCAGGGUGGACAGCAAAUGAUGUGGACUCAUUCAGGGAUCUUGUGUGUUAAAAGUCACACAUUUUAACAGAAAGACAUGUCAUAAUAAUUAAAUGUAAGGUAAAUAAACUAUGUGUCUUUCCCUGCCAGAAAAGUGCACAA